UUGGCGACUUAGUUAGCUAGACUAGCUGUAAGUUUUUAAAUAUUAAUGUUUUCUUUAAUUUAUACAGAUCUGUUGCCAUUCUUAAAUUCCAAAUUGAAGGCAAGGCCAAGGAGGAGGUACAAAAGAUGAGGGACAUCUAUUUCUAUGGAACUUACCUUGCAAUAAGACAAACAGCCCUCUCUUGGAACCCACUCACCGCAUGCAUGUGUAUGUCUCUACUUCUACUUGUCUAUAAAACCCUUUCCUUCUUCAUUCAACAUCCAUCCUUAAGUCUCUCUCUCUCUCUCUCUCUCUCUCUCUCUCUCUCUCUCUAAAGUCUCUCUCUCUCUCUCUCUCUCUCUCUCUCUCUCUCUUCUCCAUUUUGUUUAGGUAGACUUUAGAGCUAGCUACCAACUAAUCAUAUGCCUGCCCAAGUUAUGCCUGAAAAAGCCCUCCAUGGAAUUCAUGGGUUGGGAAGGGACAACAAUACUACUGCUCCUCCUCCUAAAAGGUUGGAUGGAAAAGUUGCUAUAGUGACAGGCGGUGCUAGAGGCAUUGGAGAAGCAACAGUGAGGCUUUUUGCAAGGCAUGGUGCCAAAGUAAUCAUUGCCGACGUGGAGGACGCAGUUGGCCUAACCCUAGCCAAUUCCUUGAGCCCUUCAGUCACCUUUGUUCAUUGUGAUGUUAGCUUGGAAGAAGACAUUGAGAACUUAGUUGAAUCAACAAUUUCCCGUUACGGGCAGCUCGACAUUAUGUUCAACAAUGCCGGGAUCCUCGGAAACCAGUCGAAACACAAGAGCAUCAUGGAUUUUGACACCGACGAAUUCGACCAGGUGAUGCGGGUGAAUGUGAGAGGAGCAGCAUUGGGGAUGAAGCAUGCUGCAAGAGUGAUGGUGCCUAGAGGAAAUGGAGGGUGCAUAAUUUCAACAUCAAGUGUAGCUGGGGUGGCAGGUGGGCUUGGGCCGCAUGCCUACACAGCCUCAAAGCAUGCCAUUGUUGGGCUCACAAAGAACGCAGCCUGUGAAUUGGGCCGGUAUGGGAUUAGGGUAAAUUGCAUUUCUCCAUUUGGGGUUGCCACGUCAAUGCUUGUGAACGCUUGGAGGACGAGCGGUGAUGAUGAGGAAGAAGAAGAAUGCAUGGAUUUGGGGAUGCCUUGUGAGCAAGAAGUAGAGAAAAUGGAGGACUUUGUGAGGGGGCUUGCCAAUUUGAAAGGGCAAACCCUAAGGGCUAAAGACAUAGCUGAGGCUGCUCUUUAUCUUGCUAGUGAUGAAUCCAAGUAUGUUAGUGGCCAUAACCUUGUUGUGGACGGUGGAAUUACCACCUCAAGAAAUUGUGUUGGCUUGUAGGGUUUUUUUUCUUCUUUUCCCAUUCCAUGGUGUUGGUAUUUUGUACAUGCAUAGAUCACCAAAAGGUUUGCCAUUUGUGUUUGGGUUUGUAAUAGGUUUCGUUUAUCAAUUCAAUAUUAAUCCGAAUUUUCAAGUGUAAA